ACAAAAAACACACACACUUUCACAAACAAAAAAAACACAAACAUAAAGGAAAAGUUUGCAUCUUUUCAAAAUCUAACCAAAACCCAGAUCAAAUCACAUUCCAAAAACCUUAAUCCCAUCUGGGUUUUGGAUCUUGUGAUCAAAUUCAUCUGGGUUUUGAAAAUCUUGAAAUUUGAUCAUAUAUACAUAUACAUAAUAUAUAUAUAUAUACAUACACCAAAAUUUGAUUAAAAAAUGUAUGGAAGAGAUCCAUGGGGAGGGCCAUUAGAGAUAAACAAUGCGGAUUCGGCUACGGACGAUGACCGAAGCCGGAACUUAAACGAUUUCGAUAAAGCAGCAUUGUCAAGGCCAUUAGAUGAAACACAGCAAAGUUGGCUGUUAGGACCUGGUGAAGAAAAGAAGAAAAAGUAUGUAGAUCUUGGAUGUAUAAUUGUAAGCAGGAAAAUAUUUGUAUGGACAGUUGGAAUAUUACUUGCAGCUGGUUUCAUUGCUGGUUUUAUUACUUUGAUUGUUAAAACUGUGCCUAGACAUCAUAAACAUCCACCACCUCCUGAUAACUAUACUAUUGCUCUUGAAAAAGCUCUCAUGUUCUUCAAUGCCCAAAGAUCUGGAAAGCUUCCAAAGCAUAAUAAUGUUUCAUGGAGGGGUAACUCAUGCUUAAAUGAUGGAAAGGCGGAUAAAUCCGGUGCGGUUUUAAAAGAUCUGGUUGGAGGGUAUUAUGAUGCUGGUGACACGAUUAAGUUCCAUUUUCCAAAAGCUUUUGCUAUGACUAUGUUGAGUUGGAGUGUGAUCGAAUACAGUGCAAAGUAUGAAGCUGCAGGAGAGCUUAACCAUGUUAAGGAAAUCAUUAAAUGGGGAACUGAUUAUUUUCUCAAGACAUUUAAUUCUACCGCUGAUUCCAUUAGCCAACUCGUAUCUCAGGUUGGGACGGGUGAUACAUCAGGAGGACCGAGUGAUCCUAAUGAUCAUAGCUGUUGGAUGAGACCCGAAGACAUUGACUACCCUCGGCCUGUGACUGAAUGCUCUAGUUGCUCUGACCUUGCUGCAGAAAUGGCGGCUGCAUUAGCUUCUGCAUCAAUCGUUUUCAAAGACAAUAAGGUAUACUCUAAGAAACUUGUUCAUGGGGCUGCAACCCUUUGGAAGUUUGCUAGAGAUCAACGCGGUAUGUACACUGCUGGUGGAGCCGAUGCUGCAACUUUCUAUAAUUCAAGCAUGUAUUGGGAUGAGUUUGUGUGGGGAGGAACUUGGAUGUAUUAUGCAACUGGAAAUCAAUCCUAUCUUUACCUUGCCAGUCACCCGAAACUUGCUAAGCAUGCUGGUGCUUUUUGGGGUGGACCCGACUAUGGUGUUCUUAGCUGGGACAAUAAACUAGCCGGAGCUCAAGUGUUACUGACUCGAUUGAGAUUGUUUCUGAGCCCUGGUUAUCCUUAUGAAGAAACAUUGCAAACAUUUCACAAUCAAACAAGCAUAAUCAUGUGCUCUUACCUGCCAUACUUUUCAAGUUUCAACAGAACGAAAGGUGGGUUGAUCCAAUUGAACCAUGGGAGACCUCAGCCGCUUCAGUAUGUUGUGAAUGCAGCCUUCUUAGCUACCCUCUAUAGUGACUAUCUUGAUGCUGCAGAUACCCCCGGGUGGUAUUGUGGGCCUAAUUUCUAUCCAACUAGUGAGUUACGCAAGUUUGCAAAGACUCAGAUUGACUAUAUCCUUGGAGAUAACCCAAGAAAGAUGAGCUAUCUUGUGGGUUAUGGUAAGAAGUAUCCAAAGCAAGUACAUCACAGGGGUGCAUCCAUUCCUAAAAACAGAAUAAAGUAUAGCUGCACGGGAGGGAUUAAGUGGAGAGAUGCUAAAAAAGCAAAUCCCAACACUAUAGUUGGUGCUAUGGUUGCUGGGCCUGAUAGACGUGAUGGUUUCCAUGACGUGCGUUCAAACUACAAUUACACAGAGCCCACUCUUGCUGGAAAUGCUGGUUUAGUUGCAGCUCUAGUAGCCCUUUCUGGUGAAAGAGAUACAAAAAUCGAUAAAAACACCAUCUUCUCAGCAGUACCACCUAUGUUUCCAACUCCACCCCCACCACCUGCUCCAUGGAAGCCUUGAGUGAGUACAUUGAUCUCGUUUUUAUGAUGCCUGCGUGACUUAUAGUGAACACGAUUUUGCUAUACUUUCUGCUUGUUUUUUUUUAGGAUGGUAUGCAUGAGAAAGUAAAUGGUAACAUAUGGAACCUGUGAUUAUACAGAUAUAGUUUGUAUGUGUUUUUUUGAAUGUAACAAAAACAAUCAGAUGUAUGUAUAAUUUGAAACAUUGGGAACUUUGUUGUAACACUCUUGAUUGUUUUUAAAUGAAAUAUUUCUGGUUCCUUUUGUUCGCAA